CGAAAAGAGAGACUCUCUUUCUGCUUUUAAUUAGUUCUUGUCAUUGUCCUGCCGUUUGGAGGGGGAUUAAACUUUGCAGCAGAGCCAGUCCGUUGGUUUUACUGUCAGCAGCAAGUGGAAGUUUGCUUUAUAGUGCUUAAAAACACGCAUGUUUUCGCAGGUCUUUAGUUUGGAACUUGUCUGCAUUUUGACGUUUUGCUCGAUCAGGAGGAGCCGAGGUUAGGAUCGACUCCUUUAGCCAUGUUGGCUGCAACAUGCAACAAAAUAGGGAGUCCGAGCCCUUCACCUUCCACUAUAUCGGAUAAUUCCUCGUCCUUUGGGAAGGGCUUCCAUCCGUGGAAGAGAGCCUCCGCCAGCAGCUGCAGCCUCGGCUCUGGCCUAUCCAGCUUCGGAGUGUCCCGGAACGGAUCUGGCAUAGCCUCGGACUCUUUCGGCAACAACGGCUCCAACGGAUCCAGUGCCUUCUCCCUCACGUCUGGGACGACGUCUGGCUCUCAUUUCGGAAACGACUACUCUGUUUUUCAAGCUUCGAGCAACUCUCAAGAGUCCAGCCAUCAGCCGGUCUUCAUCUCCAAGGUGCACACCUCGGUGGACAGUUUGCAGGGCAUCUAUCCGAGGAUGAGCGUUGCGCACCCGUAUGAGUCCUGGUUCAAGUCCUCUCACCCUGGGAUCUCCGCAGGAGAGGUCGGCACCACCGGAGCUUCUGCCUGGUGGGAUGUGGGAGCAGCGGGGUGGAUUGAUGUUCAGAACCCGAAUGGAGCAGCACUACAAUCGUCCUUACAUUCCGGUGGACUGCAGACCUCCUUACACUCUCCCCUUGGAGGAUAUAAUUCUGAUUACUCCACUUUGAGCCACUCUGCUUUCAGCACCAGCCCCUCUCCACACCUGUUGACGCCCGGCCAACACCUGAUGGACGGUUUCAAGCCGGUUUUACCCUCUUAUCCGGACACAAGCCCUUCGCCACUAACGGGAGCAGGAGGGACUAUGCUCACCGGAGGUCCCCCGGCAACUUUAGCGGGCUCUCCGAGGUCAUCCGCUCGAAGGUAUUCAGGAAGGGCCACCUGCGACUGUCCGAACUGCCAAGAGGCGGAGAGACUGGGACCGGCGGGCGCCAGUUUGCGCAGGAAAGGCCUGCACAGCUGCCACAUACCUGGCUGCGGGAAGGUGUACGGCAAAACGUCGCACCUGAAGGCGCACCUGAGGUGGCACACCGGGGAGAGGCCGUUCGUGUGCAACUGGCUGUUCUGCGGCAAGAGGUUUACGCGCUCCGACGAGCUCCAGCGGCACUUGCGCACACACACUGGCGAGAAACGCUUCGCCUGUCCGGUGUGCAACAAGAGGUUCAUGCGCAGCGACCACCUGAGCAAGCACGUAAAAACUCACAGCGCAGGGGGCUCCGCCGGCUCUGGCUCUGGGGGCAGCGGGGGGAAAAGGGGGAGCGACACCGAUAGUGAGCACAGCGCGCCGGGGAGCCCUCCGUGCCAUUCCCCCGACUUGUUGCACCCACCUGAGCCCACCCAGGGAGUGGGCAUGAACGGCCUCUGAAAAACCUAGUUUAAAAAAAAAAAAAAGGAGAAGGAGAGAAAAUAUUCAAACGAGUGGACAUACUUUAAUGUAUGCUGUAUCCUGCUGUUGUCAAAUAAGUGUUUAAAUCUGCAUUUCCACAAUGUUCUAGCUGUGCCAUCACAAACUUCGAAUUAGAGACUGCAGGCGUGAAAGUGAAAACAACCUGUUUUAUAUCUCAGCAUACUGUAAGAAUAUAGGGGCCUCUGAAGCUGCGCUCCCUCUAUCAAAACCUGUUCUAAAAAAAAAACAAACACUGGCACUUUAAUAUCGAGCAAAAAGAGUUAUCUUUUUUCUCUACUGCUUCGUAAUAACGCAAUGAUUUGGCUCUGGUGUUGCAUAGUAAAAAAAAAAAAAAGGUUAUUUUCUCUGUUUAACAUGUUCAGUCCACAGCGCUCUAGGCCAGUAAAAUGUAACUUUCACUUUACUCUGCAGCAGAAAUGUUCUGUAUAAAAAUGUAGGUUAGAAUAAUUACAGCCCAAAUGUAAAGGUGAGCAAUGUUAUUUGUCCAGGAGACGAUUUUUUUGUAUAGGUAUUUCUAGUUGUAUAUGGACUCUAGUAAAUAUUUGAGAAAAAAAAAUAUACGGACAUGUACUUUGAUCUUUUUUGACCUGGUAUGAAAUGUAUUUGUUGGGGUGGGGUGGGGGAUAUAUUUAACCACAAUUUUUUUUUCUUUGUCUUUUGUUUUGUUUGUAUUUAGAGGGUCUUUCAUUAGGCGCACUUUGAAUUCGAUUGUAUGGUUUGAAAAUCAUAAUUUGCUGUUUACCCGCUCGUUUAAUUUAAGUAAGCAUGUUGUAAAGUGAUUUUUUUUUAUUAUUUUACUUCCCCUCUUUUUCUCUCGCUCUCUUUCUCUCGCUGAGAAUGGCUUUUUAUGUGAGCCACUCAAUAAAGUCAGUAUGAAAUCAAAAUCAGCUUUAUCGACUCAGUUUUUUUAAAAUUUUGUUGAGUCGAUAAAAUCAAUUUCCGGUGAAAAAAAGACUCCAAAAUUAGCAUAUAAUCAUUUUAAAAUUGCAAACAAAUUGUUUUUUUUUUUUUCGUGAUUUUGAAACAUUGUAUUAAUUAAGAUUUAUAUGGCGUUCAAUUGGUUUUUGCAGGAGGGUAACUUCCACGUCAAAUCAGAAAAAGAUCUUAAGGGAAAACUGGAAUUUUGCUUUCAUUAAGAUUAUACAUUGUAAUUAAAACUGGAUGUUAUUGGUUUUAAUCAGUUAAUUUGCUCAAUAUAAAAACGUAAAACUUGUAGCUAGUUAUCUUAUGCGUUUAUCCAAUAAUUAUUCGUAGCAUCAUGGCUAAAGUUUUCUA